UAAAAGAAAGAAAAGGUUUAAAACCAAUCCCCAUAGGACAAGCCUUUUACCUAUAUCCUCUUAUCUUAUCUAUAAUAGGUGGCACCUGCCAUAGUAUCUAUAGGUUAGGUUAGAUUGUACAUGUGUACAAUACAAAUAAUACAGUAUGACAACAGUCACCAACCAGCCUUUCCAUCAUCAAACAACUUCAAUUUCUUAAAAAACAACAUUCCACUUUUCGACGACAACCCUUUUUGUCUUCGAGACCUCAACUUCGCAUAUUACAACUACCAUACAACCGUAUUGGUAAACCUCAAACGCUAAUACCAUAUUACCAUCUCAACUAGGGACACUUACACACUUACAACAAAUACACAUCAUCCACUAACAUCGCCAUCCAAUCGCAAAUCGAUCCGUCCCAGCCGUGUGCUUUCGUUGUCGUCAGCAUCAUUUUGGCUGCUAUAUUACUGCUUAACACGGUCGCUGCUCUUCCCGAUACCAAUAACUUUGGAAUACCCCGAAUCCUCCAUUACUAGGAACCUUCACGAUGUCGCUCAAGGACGAGUUUGCGACAAGAAACUUCAGUAUCUAUGGACAAUGGCUCGGCAUCCUGUCUAUGAUCCUAUGCUUUGCGCUGGGUAUUGCCAACCUGUUCCACCUGUUUAGACCCCUCCUGAUUAUCUUCUCCAUCUUUGCUCUCGUCUCUUGCUUCGUCAUCCUCUUCAUCGAGGUCCCUCUCCUACUCCGAAUCUGCCCUACUUCAGCCUCUUUUGAUGCUGCGAUCCGCCGAGUCUCCACCAACUACAUGCGUGCCGCCACCUACGGUGUCAUGGCCGUCAUCCAGUGGAUCAGUAUUGCCGUUGCCGUCAGCAGUCUUAUUGCUGCUGCUGUCGUCCUCACAUUUACUGCCCUCUGCUACGCCUUUGCCGGAAUCAAGGGCCAGGCUUUUGUUGGAAGCAAGACACUGGGCGGCGCCGGUGUUGCGCAGAUGAUCGUAUAAUCAGGUCACGAUGCGAAACAACAACCACGAUCUCGAAGACUAGAUGACCCUUACAUGAACCUCUAGCUCGUGUGGGAACUUUGGUUGGUACGGAGAAGGUUGCUACCAAUAUGAUUGACGACCAUUAGGGAUUACCCAAAAAGGACUUGUGCCUCUAUGUGGAAGGGAUGGGCGUGGCUUUUGGUUCUCUUAUCUCUUGUUACGCAGAUGGAACGGGAGGGGAGGGAAAAGGGAGGAUUUGCAUUGUUCUUUUAAUUUUUUUGACCAAUUUUCAGUUAAGGGGGAACGGCGUAACGGAAUACGAUGCAAGCACGACGACGGCUGCGGAAUGUUCUUGUUCUUCCCCAUGUCUCGUCAUUGCAUCCAGAAUGGACAAGAUACCCCCAGUCUGGUGCUGCUACUGUCGUUGAUGUCGAUGUUGUUGCUGUUGCGAGUCGUGUAUGCUUUGGAAGGUCUCUAGAUAAUCACGAGUGACUUGACACUUCUAUGUAUCUUCCUACUAGGUAGGUACUAGGUGUGUAAGAGUGCUAUGUACUUAUAUCAUGUUAGUGGCCGAGGUAUUCGUAAGUCUGAAUGAAAAUUGCUCAAGCCA